UUUACGGACAAAUUUUUAAAAUGGAACCUCUAUUAUCAUAGCUAAUGAUGUAUUGCAGAUCAUUUUGUUUAAACUUUAGUUAUGACUUUGCAAAAAACAUAUGCUAGCAUGUGUUCCAUGAAAAUAGAACAUGCCAGCUAGAAGUCGAGAAAGUUGAGACGGCUUUGAGAAAUCAUCGUUGGCGCGUGUAACAAUUAUUGUAAAAUCCCACAACGUUAGACAAGCGUUUAUUUGCCAUUGACGACGACCGCCUCAAAGCUAUGUUUGCAUUAGCAGUUUUUUGGGUUUUCACGCUUUCCACAUCGUUGAUUGCUGCUAUUUGCCUUUUUGACUUAUAUCGCCGCCAGAAAAGGCAAUCAUGUGUCGAAAAAGAAGACCUUGAUCUUAUUUGCAACUUAGCAAAGUUCCCAUACGAAAUGAAAAACGAAGAUCGUUGUAUAACUUUAAUGGAAAAAUAUCAGCUUUGUCCUAAUGCAUUUGACGACCAUUGGCCUCAUUCGGAAAUGACGCCUUUUUUGUCAUCUUGCUACGGUGGAUCGCUGAAGUUAAUUCAGUUCAUGUUAGAAGCUGGUGCUGACAGUAAAUUCCAGAAUCUGAACGGAGACGGUGCCCUUUACAUGGCUACCUACGGAAUUGCCUGUCGGCUUCGAUCUGCUCAGUGUCCUCAACAACGCAGCAGCGAAAUUCAACUUGGUGUUCUUAUUCUCGACUGCCUUAUUAAACAAGGAUGUGACAUAAAUUCACGAAAUAAUUUCGGUUUCACCCCGUUACACUGGGCUGCAACUACGGGAGAAAAAUGGCUGGUAGACCAUCUUCUAAAAAGAGGAGCUGAUCCGUCCAUUCUUACUUCUCUUAGUAGAGCUCCAGCUUCUGCUUUUGCUAAAGACGAAGUUCUGCAACUAUUGAAAGAGGCGGAAAACAUUUAACACUCAUCCUAAUUUGACUUUCGUGUAUCUACCGCCAGUAACUGUAUUACAGCUGUAUCAUACAC